UUUUCGAAUACAGUUUUGGUAUAGAGAGAGAGAGUUCACUAGUUUAAUUAAAAUCAUUUAAAAUGAAAACUUCACGGUAUAAAAAGGCGCGAAAGAAUCUAGGUUUUUAUAUAAAUAAUUAUAAAUUUUAUCAACCGUUCCAAGUUCUUAUCGAUGGUACAUUUGCGUAUACCGCAUUAGAGAAUAAAUUCAACAUACAGGAUCAACUUGCAAAGUACUUUCAAUCUGAAGUAAAACUGCUAACAACACCGUGUAUUAUUUCUGAGACUGAGAAACUUGGUUUGUCUUUUCAAGCAGUGAAUGGUGCCGUGCAAAUAGUGAAACAAUAUGCUAUACAUAAAUGUGCACACGCAAAAAAGCCAACCACUGGCCUAAAAUGUUUUAUGUCUAUGAUAGGAAAAGAUAAUAGUUCCAGAUAUAUCGUUGCCACACAAGAUCGUGAACUCCAAGAUAAACUGAGAACACUUCCAGGAGUUCCUAUAGUUUAUUUACAUGGAAGAGCACCCACGCUAGAAUCUCCUUCGGAAGCAAGUCGUAAAUAUGCUGAGGUUAUGCAGAAAAAUUUAGGUAUAAGUGCAUGGGAAAAGGAAAAUAUGAAAGUAUUGAAAAAGCAAGCAGGAAUAGUAGAAGAGGAGAGUAAACGGAAGAAAAGGAAGAAAAACGGAGGACCAAAUCCACUCAGUUGUUUGAAGAAAAAGAAAAAGACAGAAACAACAGUAUCGAAUAAAACCAAUGCAAAAUCUGAUAAAGUUCGAAAAAGAAAGAUUAAAAUAGCGCCACAUAUUAAAGAAGCUUUAAUGACAGAACUGAGGAGUAAACGUGAGGUGUCGUGAUCUGGAUAUCGAG